ACAGCAAGUGUCGGAGCGUACAUUUCGAUACGUCAACAAUUGCUAAACAUAACCUCACGUCGAAAAAAUCGGCAGUUUAAAAAAAUGGGAAAAAGAAACUCGAAAUCAUUAUAAAAGAAUGGACGGUGGAAGACACCCGGAGGAUAGAAGCUCCUUUUGGAAGAAGAAUAGCAAAACCGUCCCUGGCAGGCCCAGCCCAAAAAAGGAUGUUAAAAAUACCCAUAAAAUGAGGAGCGCCGGGUCUACGUCUUUCCAAGAUUUCCAAGCAUCAGUUAGUGAUGCUUGGGAUAUGGACGAUGAUGAAUUUUGUAUUAUAUCAGGCACAGAAAAUAUGAAGAUAUCAAAAAAAGUAUCCGAGGCAGCUGCAUUAAAUGUUUUAAAUCGUCAUCGUAGAUUAGAAAAUAUAUUACCAACAACAAGUAAUCAAAGCGGAGAUUAUACGAUUGAUUUAACAGAAAAUGACCAUUUUAAACAAAAAUUUCCUGGCCGGCCACAACCUUUAAAAGGAUCGGGUGUAAAUAGUCACGAAGAUUGCGAAUCGAAAUUAGAACGUUUUGAAGUAUUGUUGGCGGGAUCGCCGAGUUUAAGCGAAUUAUGUCAAUUAAGUUGGUCGGGGAUUCCGUUGAAAGUUAGGGCGAUAACGUGGAGAUUAUUAUCGGGAUAUUUACCAGUGAAUUUGGAGCGACGUCAAGAUGUUUUAGAUCGUAAAAGGAAGGAUUAUUGGAGUUUUGUAAAGCAGUAUUAUGAUACGGAACGGGACGAGUCAUACCAAGAUACUUAUCACCAAAUACAUAUUGAUGUGCCAAGGAUGAAUCCGAGUAUACCAUUGUUUCAACAAGAUACUGUACAGAAAAUGUUUGAAAGGAUUUUGUUUAUUUGGGCGAUUCGACAUCCAGCGUCGGGUUACGUACAAGGAAUAAAUGAUUUGGUUACGCCGUUUUAUGUAGUUUUUUUACAAGAAAUUUUACCUGAUGGGGAAACGUUUGAAACGUGUAACGUUGAUAAAUUGACGGAAGAUCAAAGAGGUAUCAUCGAAGCGGAUUCCUUUUGGUGUCUAUCAAAGUUCUUAGACGGUAUCCAAGACAAUUACGUAUUUGCACAACUUGGGAUACAACGUAAAGUAAAUCAAUUAAAAGAACUUAUACAAAGGGUAGAUCAUACAUUGCAUAAACAUUUAAUACAGCACAACGUAGAUUAUCUUCAAUUUUCGUUUCGAUGGUUAAACAAUUUAUUAACUAGGGAAUUGCCACUGCGGUGUACAAUACGACUUUGGGACACCUAUUUGGCGGAAAGCGAUUCGUUCGCUUCCUUUCAAUUAUACGUUUGCGUUGCGUUCCUUUUGCAUUGGCGCGAACAACUUUUAACCGAAAACGACUUCCAAGGUUUAAUGAUUUUAUUACAAAAUUUACCAACGCAAACAUGGACCGGCUCACACAUCAGCUUACUCGUCGCCGAAGCCUAUCGACUCAAAGUUAUGUUUGCAGACGCGCCCAAUCAUCUUGUAAUCCAUUCGGCCAAAAGCUGAUUUCUUAGAUAGUCUCUUUUUUUU